UCGUUGAAGUCGUAGUCCGUCCGUCAGGUGGAGUAGCGCGUGUGUCUCAAGUGUCAAGUGUCAAGCAGCCAUAUUCUCGUAUUCUAAACUCGAAACACAAGUAGAAAUAUUUGGUGAUUUUAACGAAAAUAAUUAUUAGAUUGAAUAAAUAAUCCGUGCGCAAAAAUACCGUUUGAGCAAUAAUGACUGACAAAAAAGCUUACCCCGUCGCACCUCAUCCACCAACCGGCUUCGUGCCAGCGCCAGCUCAGCCUGCUACAUAUGGCGUUGCAGGAGCCUCGCCGUAUGGGGUCUUCCCCAACCAGCCACAGCUCUACGCUACCCAGGGUCCGCCACCGCCAACGUAUGAUCAAACCCUCACUCAUCCCAUGAUGUACCAGCCGAUGUAUGGUCAAGGCUAUCCGGGCGGUUAUCUAGCUGGAUAUCCAGCAGCCUAUGGACCACUUCAGUACUAUCCUCCGCUAGCUACAGCUGCCGCCUAUUAUCCAGCAGCUGCGAUGCAACCCGCCCCUGUUAGGCCAACGAUCAUGGUUCCUAACGGAUUUGAGGGAGCAAGAUUCGACGGAAUCUCGCAACAAGUAUUGCCACCACCACCACCGGGAGUAGCAGCGAAUGCAGCGCAGUUAGCUGCCAUGGCUGGUCACAGUGUCGCUUUAUCGCAAAAGAAAGGUUCGUUCCUUGGAGGUGGAACAGAAGGUGGAUAUACGUUCUGGUAAACGUACGGCAAACUGAGGAGAUUUGGGUAGGGGCGGGAAAAAAGGGCGGGGAGGGGGGGGGAGAGUAGUAAAGACACGAGGCGAGACUUAGAAGAAAUAAUACAGAGACAGCGACGAAAGGAAGAAGAAGAAGAAGAAGAAGAAGAAGAAGAAGAAGAAGAAGGGGGGAAAAAUAGAAGAAGAAAAUAUGACAAAAAAAAAUUAAAAAACAAAAAAAAAUUCAAAAAAGAAUAAUUAAAAAAAAUAUUGACGACAAAAGAAAAAAAAAAAAGAAGAGAAGAAAUUACAGAAAAUGAGAAGAAGAACGUCGAGUGAAAUAAUCGAUAUUUGUCGCUGCGUGAUCUAUGUAGGCAAUUUAAUGAUAUAUAAAAUGAUGAUGAUGAAAUAAAUGAAGAUAUAUUAACGGGUGUUAAUUGAGUUGCGUAGUUGACUAUGGUUAACGAUUGAUGAAUACAAGUAUAUCUGUUGGGUGUCGUUAAACGACGCUCCCUGAUCACGCGUUAUUAUAUUAAUUUAAUAAUAAUAAUAAUAAUUUAAAAGAACAAGACGAAAAUAAGCGUAGGUAACAAAGAAAACAAAUGAAACGUAUGAACGGAAAGAAAAAUUCAAAGCAACAAACAUUAUUUGUCAUGUUUGUUUGUUUUUUUUUUUUUUUUUUUAUAUUUCAUUUCUUCUUUGGUCAUGUUAAAAUUUGCUUCAUUUUCUUUUUGGGGCGGAAGAGGUCAAAUAUAAACGACGUGGCAUAGACAAUCUUCUAAAACAGAAAUAGUUGCAAAUUGUAUUUCACUUCGUACCUUCGAUUUUCGUCGAAACCUUCACUUCUAUUGCUGCUGCUGUUGUUCUCACCACCGCUGUCGUUUCUGCUGCUGCCAUUGCGAAAGAGAGAGUGAGAGAGAGAAAGAGAGAGAGAGAGAGGGAGAGAGAGAGAGAAAAGAAAGUGAGAAAGAAAAUAUUUCCUUCACAAUAAUACUUUUUCACUCAUCAUGAUGCGUUGCAUUCGUCAUUCCUCUAACAGUUCUGUCAUUAAUAUUAAUACGAAUACUCCUUAUUUGACAAAACACAUAGUUGAUCCAAGAUGUUUUAUGCUUUUAAGUUUUCUUGCACACGGACUUUAAAAUUAGGCGGUCAUACCUAUGAAUAGAAAAGAAUAAAUAAAUAAAAAAAAAAAAAAAAGCUUGUUCGAGACAGACUGUGACUAAAUGGUGACGAUUGUUAUGCCCAUUGUGAAUUUAUAACAAGAUACUAUUUUUUAAUAACUGUUUAACACGGGCUGCUCCUGUGCUGUGGGAAAUUUCACAUUAAAUUCUAGUCCAAGGCUCGUCGUGUAAUCACCUCUGUAGGGAUUUGCAUGUUACACACGUGCGAAACUAGGGCGAUACCAUUUUACAUUUAGAAAUAAUAUCGCCCUGGUAUGUAAGAUCGAAGCUCAGAGCUUACGAUUUUUCGCAUACUUCCUUCCCGUAUUUGACAAGGUUGUUGUUUUUUUUUUCCCCUUUCACACUUCGCGCCUUUUCUUCAAAGUUGUCCGUCGCGCUCUUCUCUGAUGGUACUUCACUGUUUUAGUUGUUACGCAUUGUUGUUUGUUCAAUUUCCAUACCAAUUUCGUUUCAUUGGUUUUUAUUUUUAUUUUUUUUUUUUCUCACCACUGUUUGUAUUUCUAUGGAAAAAUUGAUAAGUUCCGAAAAUUGUCAAUUUAUACAACAAGUACGUGCACGUGUGGACAAAACGUGGUAUUGUAGAACGAAAAUGAAUAGCCAAUCUUGUGAGAACUUUGAAAAAAGUAAACAGUCUCGUUUCAUAAUUGUAUGAAAUUUCUUUUGGACAUUCCUAUUGAACGUAGAAGAACAAAUUUCAAGCACACUUUCUUCCCCGCACAUGACUAGUUUACGAUUUCGGCUUUCUCAAGUGUCAAAAAAUAAUAUUAAUAAUAUUAAUAAUAAUAGUAAUAGUAACAAUAAUGAUCACGAUAGUAAUAAUAAUUUGAUGAUAAGUACGUCGCAAUUUCUACUGAACAAUAAUUUUUCAAUUAUGUAAGAUCAUUUGUUUCUAUUUAGUUUAUUUAUUUUUUUGUUGCCACGUUUCGUCGUUGUUGCUACUGCUAAUGCAGGGAUAAACAAAAUCGAGCUUUUCAGAAAUGAUUUUAUCGGGCGGCUCGUUUCUUUGUCGAUAAAAAGAAGAAAAUGGAAAAAAAAAAUAAUAAUAAAAAACGAAAGAACAAAAUUUAUAAGAAAAAACGGAAGAGAAAAGAAAAAAAAAAUUUAGCGAUAGAAAUUAAAUAUUGAAUGAAAACAUCGCGCCACGUGGUGAGUUUAAGUAUAAAAUGCUUAUGGAACAUCUUAAAUGCAUGGAGAACGGAAAACAGAUUUUAGAUAAUGACUAUCAGUAGGCUCUUUUAUAGAUUCUUUUUAGGUAUAUAUUGUAAUUGUAUGUUUAAUAUUUUAUGAAAAUUAAAAAUUGAGAAUCAAUUUUCCUCUCGUAAAUCAUGAGAGUGCGAGUGAGUAAAUGAGACAUUGAGAGAGAACGAGAGAGAGUGAACACAGAUUGAAAUGACGACAAUUUAUCAUUAAUUAAUAAUAGUCAUAAUAAUAUUAAUAAUAAUAAUAUCAAUAAUAAUGUUAGAAAUAACGUAUAAUUUAUUGAUAGGAAUUUAGAAAAUAGUUAUCGACAAGGGAAAAAUGUGUGACGAUAUUGUUUUAUAGAACUUUUCUAAUCGCCCUGUGCUGUGUAUUGAUCUUCGAUUGAUUCGUAUUGAUCGUGAAAAAAAAAAAAAGAAAAGAAAAAAAAAGGAGAAAUACAAUCGAUUAUAUUUCCAUGCAUUUCAAGAUACCAUACGUGGAUGCAUUUAUAGCUGAACGCUCGUUGAACAAUUUUUUACCAUUAUAAGUUUUGCCUUUUUUCGUUUUCAUAAAUGUACAAACAAGUUGAUAAUGAAUUUUAUGCGUACAAAUGAAAGAUUAUGAUUUUAAAAAGUUGCCGUCUCUGUACUUUGAGACUUACCUCCAAACAAUCUUAAUCAAUAACGCACCGAGGAAAAUCGGAAGAAAAUAAGGCGAAGAACAAAACAAUAAAAAAAAAAAAGAAAGUAAAACGUCCUCACGAAAAGGUUCAACAGUAGUAGAAA